AUGAACUUUGAUGAUACAAAUACAACCUUUAAGAUUUUUAGUGGUGGCGCACGCACAUCAAACUCUUGGGGAAAAACAGACAACAAAAACAAGGAACGCACACGUUCGCUAAGUCAUGAGGAAAGAGAUGCUACGGAAGAGGCAUUGAUGGAAAGAGUUCGCAGCGUUGCCGUUGAUGCGUCCGCGCUGUGUGCUGCGGCACCAGCUCUACAACACAGUACACAAGGGGACAGCCUGACUUCUUGA